UUGAAAAACGUUUCUUCAACUCUUACUAGCUUGCGUUGUUGUGGUUUUUUAAAGUACCUACGUUUAUGUAAUAUACUUUAUUUAUUUAUUGAUAUUUUUACGGGUGAAACCUACCAACAAACAUGGCGUCCACCGCGGCGGGCAAACAGCGGAUCCCGAAGGUGGCGAAGGUGAAGAACAAAGCUCCGGCCGAGGUCCAGAUCACGGCCGAGCAGCUGCUGAGGGAGGCCAAGGAGAGGGAGCUGGAGCUGCUGCCGCCGCCGCCCAAGCAGAAGAUCACCGACGAGGAGGAGCUCAACGACUACAAGCUCAAGAAGAGGAAGGGCUUUGAAGACAACAUCAGAAAGAACCGGACUGUCAUCAGCAACUGGAUCAAAUACGCACAAUGGGAGGAGAGCCUGAAGGAGAUCUUGAGGGCGCGCUCCAUCUACGAGCGAGCGCUGGACGUGGACCACCGCAACAUCACGCUGUGGCUGAAGUACGCCGAGAUGGAGAUGAAGAGCCGGCAGGUGAACCACGCCCGCAACAUCUGGGACCGGGCCAUCACCAUCCUGCCGAGGGUCAACCAGUUCUGGUACAAGUACACCUACAUGGAGGAGAUGCUGGGCAACGUGGCCGGCUGCAGGCAGGCCUUCGAGCGCUGGAUGGAGUGGGAGCCCGAGGAGCAGGCCUGGCACUCCUACAUCAACUUUGAGCUGCGCUACAAGGAAGUGGACAAGGGCCGCUCCAUCUACGAGAGAUUCGUCCUCGUCCACCCCGAAGUUAAGAACUGGAUCAAGUACGCCCGCUUCGAGGAGAAGCACGGCUACAUCGCCCACAGCAGGAAGGUGUUCGAGAGGUCGGUGGAGUUCUUCGGGGAGGACCACGUGGAGGAGAACCUCUUCGUGGCCUUCGCCAAGUUUGAGGAGGCGCAAAAAGAGUUUGAGCGCGUCCGGGUGAUCUACAAGUACGCGCUGGACCGGAUCCCCAAGCAGCAGGCCCAGGAGCUCUUCAAGUUCUACACCAUGUUCGAGAAGAAGUUCGGAGACCGGCGGGGCAUCGAGGACGUCAUCGUCAGCAAGCGGAGGUUCCAGUACGAGGAGGAAGUCAAGGCGAACCCUCACAACUACGACGCGUGGUUCGACUACCUCCGCCUGGUGGAGCACGACGCCGACUCCGACACGGUGCGCGAGGUCUACGAGCGAGCCAUCGCCAACAUCCCGCCCAUCCAGGACAAGAGGCACUGGAAGCGCUACAUCUACCUGUGGAUCAACUACGCCCUCUAUGAGGAGCUGGAGGUCAAGGAUCCAGAGAAGACGAGGCAGGUGUACCAGGCCUCUCUGGACCUGAUCCCCCAUAAGAAGUUCACGUUCGCGAAGAUCUGGCUGCUCUACGCUCAGUUUGAGAUCCGGCAGAAGAACCUGCAGGGAGCGCGCCGGAUCAUGGGCACGGCCAUCGGGAAGUGCCCCAAGAACAAGCUGCUGAAGGGCUACAUCGAGCUGGAGCUGCAGCUGCGCGAGUUUGACCGCUGCAGGAAGCUGUACGAGAAGUACCUGGAGUUCAGCCCCGAGAACUGCACCACCUGGAUCAAGUUCUCCGAGCUGGAGACCAUCCUGGGCGACGUGGAGCGCGCCCGCGCCAUCUUCGAGCUCGCCAUCGGCCAGCCGCGGCUCGACAUGCCCGAGGUGCUGUGGAAGUCCUACAUAGACUUUGAGAUCGAGCAGGAGGACUUUGAGAACACCAGGACGCUCUACAAAAGGCUGCUGCAGCGCACCCAGCAUGUCAAGGUCUGGAUCAGCUACGCUAAGUACGAGCUGUCCAUCAACGGCUCCGAGCGGCUGCAGAAGUGCCGUCAGAUCUUCGAGGAGGCGAACAAGGGGAUGAGGAACUGCGAGGAGAAGGAGGAGCGACUGAUGCUGCUGGAGUCCUGGAGGGACUUCGAGAGGGAGUUUGGGUCGGAGAGCUCGAUGGAGAGGGUGAGGAAGCUGCUGCCCGACAAGGUGAAGAAGAGGAGGAAGCUGACGGCCGAGGACGGGUCAGAUGCAGGCUGGGAGGAGUACUACGACUACAUCUUCCCCGAGGACGCCGCCAACCAGCCCAACCUCAAGCUGCUGGCCAUGGCCAAGAUGUGGAAGAGGCAGCAGAUGGUGGACGAGGGCGAAGGGGACGAGGGCGAAGGGGACGAGGGCGAAGGAGACGAGGGCGAAGGAGACGAGGGCGAAGGAAACGGGGGCGAGAAAAGUCCAGAAAGAAGUCCCGAGUCGCCGUCCUCGGACAAACCCGCCGACGCUCCCGAGAUCCGGCCGGAGGGAAACGGCGAGACCGAAGCGGCGGAGGAGGAGGAGAAGACGACGGGCGCCGACCGGGACGACGAAGGCAGCAGCAGUGACAGUGACGAUGGAGGGAAGAAAGAGGAGAAGGAGAGCAAGAGAGGAGAGGAAGAUAAAGAGUAGCUUCUCCACUCUGGAUCCAUUUUUCUACCAAUCUGUUCCCUUUUUCUUUUUUUACAUUAAUAACAAAAGCAGCCCAUGUGUUUGUUUUCUGCAUUAUACAAACAUCAAUUCAAACUCCCGUUGUGGUUUCUUCUUCUUCAUAAUAAAAUGUCAGAAUUUUGGGAAAUAGUUAGUACAAUGUGAGUAGCCUGUGAUAUUAAAGAUGUCUGACGGGGUGGACGAAGCUUUCCUCGUGUCUGCAACCAGGAGACGAGUCAGGUUUCCUCAAGACUAUUUUAUUUUAUUUUUCCAUAUUUUACGAUAUAUUUUCUGAAACUUUAAAUUCAUAGCUUUGGAAAUAAAAACUGGUCCUUUGCAGAA